CUGACGUGGCACUAGAAUCUCAUCCGACGGUCGCCGGGCAAAGAGUUUAGGGUUUGCGGCUGGGGAGGACAAAGAAUGGCGCGAUCGCGAUGCGGCUGGCUGCUCGUCCUGGCGCUCCUCGUCUUCGCUGCCAUCGCUUGCUUCCCAGCUCGAUCCAGGGCCGAAUUGGAGGAAGGGAGCGACGUGGAUUCGUCGCCCGGGGCUGGCGAGGAGGUUGGAGUCGUGGACGAGGGCGUGAUUGACGCAUUCGAUACCGUCGGCCCGGCGGCUGGAGUCGACACGGUCUACCACUUUCCAAACAAUCCGCAAAAACUAGUUCCUGCUGGAGCGACCGCCGAGAUUCUCGUCGGGAUCGGCAACACUGGGGACGCUGCUGUCAAAGUGAACUCCAUCCGGGGAACUCUUCACCUCCCGUUUGAUCACAAGUACUUGGUCCAGAACUUCACUGUCCAGGAGUUUGGGAAUGCAACCGUCCCUCCGGGCGUCCAGGCAACGUUUGCGUAUCCCUUCACCGUGACCAAGUUCCUCCAGCCAGGGAGCUUCUCGCUGGUGGCGAGCGUGCUCUAUGAAGUCGACGGUGACAUCCACAAGACCGUCUUUUACAAUGGCACUGUCGAGAUCGUGGAGUCUGGUGGUUUCCUAAGCGGCGAGACGCUCUUCCUGGUCACGCUUGGGCUUGGCCUGAUGGGACUUUUGUCUCUGUGGAUCCACGGACAACUCCAACGUUUCUCAAAGACGCGGAAGACAAAGGUGGUUGAGACGGGAACUCGGAACGCCGAUGCAGCGAACAAUGAAUGGCUACAGGGCACUGCAUUCACCGCGAAAAUAUCCAAGAGCAUCUCUCAACAAAGCAAGUCCAAGAAGAAGAAAUAGGAUCAUAAGUUAAACCACUUUUUUGUUUUGCAAGUUUUUUGGUCUCUCUAAAAAGGUCUAGAGUUUUUCCUGGAGGAAAGGCCUCUAGGGUUUGCUAAAGUGAGAGGAUGGGCGUGGUCAGGGAGGUUCUCAGGGCUGGCACUGGCGCGAUUCCAAAGCCCGGCCAGAGUGUCACGGUGCAUUGCACUGGCUAUGG